CAAAUUCAGAAACUUCGAAUCACUUUUCGACUUUUCGUUUUGUUUCAAACUCUGUUUCGUGUCUCUUUCUCACUCAAAGCUGCAACCAACAAACACUCCUCACUCCUUUCUCUCUCUAAUUCAAGUAACAACAAACUCUCACUGCUUCUUUCUCUCUCUAGGGUUUUGGAGUUCCAACUUCAUCACUCUGUGUUGAAAGCGGAAAUUCUAGUAGUUGUGGGUUAUUUGAAUUGCUGUGACGGGUGAAUGUUACUUGGUGGUGCAUGAUGACGAUUUCUCUGGACUUGAAUGCCUCUCCUGUUCCGGAGGAAGAUGAAGAACCUUUUGAGGGGCAGGUAGAAGAGUAUGAUGUGCCAGAAGAAAAGUAUAACGCUGCAGAAGAGCACAUAGAAAGUGGAGCUGAUUUAGCACGCCGGGAACGUGAAGAAAGAAAAAAACGGUUGAAAAGAGAACGUUCAGAUGACAGGCCCGUGCAAGUAUCACAGCCACCUGGAUAUGAUAAUUUUUUCCAUAAUAAGAUCCUUAAAUCAUAUGAUAGAAGUAAGCUUCCUCCAGGUUGGUUGGAUUGCCCUUCAUCUGGUCAGGAAAUUUUCGGCAUGAUACCUUCUAAGGUUCCAUUGGGUGAAUCCUUCAAUGACUAUAUUUUUCCUGGUAAAAGAUACUCAUUUAAACAAGUGAUACAUCAACAGAGAGUUUUAGGUAGAAAACUUGGUCUGGUCAUUGAUUUGACAAAUACUUCUCGAUACUAUUCAGUAUCAGAUCUAAAGAAAGAGGCUAUCAGGCAUGUUAAGAUCCAAUGCAAGGGCCGCGGUUCAGUACCUGAUAAUUCAUCUGUUAAUCAUUUUGUCUACGAGGUUAUACAAUUUCUUUCACAUCAAAAACACUCAAAGAAGUAUAUACUCGUUCAUUGUACACAUGGUCAUAAUCGUACAGGAUAUAUGAUAAUCCAUUAUCUAAUGCGCACAAUGUCAAUGUCUAUUACUCAGGCGAUACAAAUAUUUUCUGAUGCACGGCCUCCAGGAAUAUAUAAACCCGAGUAUAUUGAUUCAUUAUAUAAAUUUUAUCAUGAAAAAAAGCCUGAAAUGAUAGUUUGUCCUCCUACUCCUGAGUGGAAAAGGACUCCCAAACUCGUUGAUCUCAAUGGGGAAGCAGUUCCAGAUGAUGAUAAUGAUGAUGAUGAUGAUGGAGUACCAGAUCCUCGGUUGCAUGAGAACCACGAGAUCGACAUAAUAAUGACAAAUGAUGAUGUUUUGGGAGAUGAGAUAUCUAAUGAUCAGCAAGAUGCAUUUCGACAGUUCUGCUUUCAAAUACUCAAAUUGGGGGUUGGGGCCAGAGGACGCAUGCAAUUUCCAGGGUCUCACCCAGUUUCUUUAAACAGGGAUAAUUUACAGCUGUUACGACAGCGUUACUACUAUGCAACAUGGAAAGCUGAUGGAACAAGAUAUAUGAUGCUAAUAACUAUGGAUGGAUGCUACUUGAUUGAUAGAAACUUCAAUUUUCGAAGGGUUCAAAUGAGGUUUCCUUGCAGGGUUACAAAUGAUGCCUUGGCUGAGAAGACUCACCACUUCACAUUACUCGAUGGGGAGAUGAUUAUUGAUACAUUGCCGGAUUCAAAAAAGCAGGAAAGAAGAUACCUGAUAUAUGAUCUGAUGGCAGUCAACUUUGUUUCAGUGAUAGAGCGACCUUUCUGUGAACGGUGGAAGAUGCUUGAGAAAGAAGUGAUUGAACCCAGGAAUCAGGAACGAUACCAGGGAAAAAAUCCUUACUAUAGAUAUGACAUGGAGCCUUUCAGGGUGAGGAGGAAAGAUUUUUGGUUGCUGUCUACUGUCACAAAACUUUUGAUAGAAUUCAUUCCAAAACUCUCGCACGAUGCAGAUGGUCUCAUAUUUCAGGGAUGGGAUGAUCCUUAUGUACCUCGCACUCAUGAAGGUCUCUUAAAAUGGAAAUAUGCUGAUCUGAAUUCAGUUGAUUUUCUCUUUGAGAUUGAUGAUGACCGUCAGCUGCUCUUUCUCUAUGAACGUGGGAAAAAAAGGCUUAUGGAAGGGUAUAUUGUUGCAUUCGAAGAAGGUUCAGACCCUAUGCCUUAUUCCGGAAAGAUCAUUGAGUGUGCUUGGGAUGGAGAUAAAAAUGAAUGGAUAUUCAAGCGAGUUAGAACAGAUAAGUCGACUCCCAAUGACUUUAAUACUUACAAGAAGGUGAUGCGAAGUAUAAAAGACAAUAUCACGGAGAAUGUUCUGUUGAAUGAAAUAAACGAGAUAAUCCGCCUUCCCAUGUAUGCGGACAGGAUUAGAAUUGAUAGCAAAGCACAUCACCACACUAAUACAGCUAGGCGAAGGUAAUCGACAAGGAACUUGUGGUCUGCAAAUCUUUCUCUAGUGGGAGAGACAUGUUGGAAGUGAAAUCUGUUGAAAGCUAGAUCUGAUCUGCAAAUGGCCAUCACCCAAGGGUUCAUCAUAUCAUGUAAUUACUUAGCUAUUAGUUAAUGCAGUAAUUGAUACGGCUCAAAUUCAAGCCAUAAACCAUUUCUUAUGGUUAUAUCUAGAUGAAGACUUAGGCUUAGGAUCUCUAUGUAUAGCACCAUAUAAUUUUCUUUGUUAAGUAGUGGUUAUAAGUUGCUGAAAGGGUAGUUGUUUACCAGAUUCAAGUUUCAUUACAUUGGUAAGAACAUUCCCUGUAUGUGAAUAUUAAAUUGGGGAAGUUCUAACAAGCAUUUGAUUAUCUACAAUGUGGAAUUUAUUUUGCAUUUA